CGCCGCGCCUCGGGCUGAGCCCGCCGCCGCCGGAGCCUGCCGCCGCCGCGAAACUCUCCGGAGCGUCAUGCCGGGACUUGGCUGCUUCUUCCGGACCCGCUGCUGGCCGGGCGCCCCGGGAUGCUAGGCAGCCCCCCCGGAGCCCCGAGACCGCGCCGCUUCGGGGAGCCCCCGGCGGCGGCUGCUGCGGCUGCGGCUGCUGCCGCCGAGUUGAGUUAAGAAGUCAUGGGGCUGGGGGCAGCCUCCCCCCCUCGGCAGAGCAGCGGCGGCGGCGGCUGCUGGACACUUGGCGGAUGCUGUUGCUGGCUGCUGCUGCCGGUGAUGUUACUCCUCAUAGCCCGACCAGUGAAACUUGCCGCUUUCCCUACCUCCUUAAGUGACUGCCAAACGCCUACCGGCUGGAAUUGCUCCGGUUAUGAUGACAGAGAAAAUGAUCUCUUUCUUUGUGAUACCAAUACCUGUAAAUUUGAUGGGGAGUGUUUAAGAAUUGGAGACAGUGUGACUUGCGUCUGUCAGUUCAAGUGUAACAGCGACUAUGUACCGGUGUGUGGCUCCAAUGGCGAUACCUAUCAGAAUGAAUGCUACUUGAGACAGGCUGCCUGCAAGCAGCAGAGUGAAAUACUUGUGAUGUCGGAAGGAUCAUGUGCAACUGAUGCAGGCUCAGGAUCUGGGGAUGGAGUCAAUGAAGGCUCAGGAGAAACCAAUCAAAAAGAGACGUCCACUUGUGACAUUUGCCAGUUUGGGGCAGAGUGCGAUGAAGAUGCAGAGGAUGUUUGGUGUGUGUGCAACAUUGACUGUUCUCAGACCAACUUCAAUCCUCUUUGUGCUUCCGAUGGGAAAUCUUAUGAUAAUGCAUGUCAAAUCAAAGAAGCAUCAUGCCAGAAACAGGAGAAAAUUGAAGUCAUGUCUUUGGGUCGAUGUCAAGAUAACACAACUACUACCACAAAGUCUGAAGAUGGACAUUAUGCAAGAACGGAUUAUGCAGAGAAUGCAAAUAAACUGGAAGAAAGUGCAAGAGGGAUUUACAUUCCUUGUCCAGAACACUACAAUGGCUUCUGCAUGCAUGGGAAGUGCGAGCACUCUACUAAUAUGUUGGAACCAUCUUGCAGGUGUGAUGCAGGCUACACUGGACAACACUGUGAAAAAAAGGACUACAGCGUUUUAUAUGUGGUUCCAGGGCCAGUACGAUUUCAGUAUGUCUUAAUAGCAGCUGUGAUUGGAACCAUCCAGAUUGCUAUCAUCUGUGUUGUAGUCCUCUGCAUUACAAGAAAAUGUCCCAGGAGCAACAGAAUCCACAGACAGAAGCAAAACACAGGGCACUACAGUUCAGACAACACAACAAGAGCAUCGACCAGGUUAAUUUAAAGAGUGCAUGUUUCCACAAUGGCAAAUCUAACUGCAGAGAGCUUGGACUACAAAAUACAGUAUUAUAGACAAAAGAUUAAAACAAGAUCUACACAUGUUGCCUUGCAUUUGUGGUAAUCUACACCAAUGAAAACAUGUACUUACAGCUAUAUUUGAUUAUGUAUGGAUAUAUUUGAAAUAGUAUACAUUGUCUUGAUGUUUUUCUGUAAUGUAAAUAAACUAUUUAUAUCACA